AUGGACAUCCACGACUGGCUCCAGACCACCGCGGAUAGGCAGCCGCCGGACGACGACCAACACCCAGGGUUCCCGGCCUUCUUGAAGCCAACGCGACCACCAGGCCCGAAGCAACGAGAACACAGUCACGCGAGGAAGCGAACGUCGAGCGAGCCACCACCCUCUGAGCAACACCAUCGUCGUCGAAAACGGCACAAGGCUGCCACAUGGUCCUCCUCCAGCCCCGACCAUGCCCGACACCUGCAACCUGCCGCUGCGAGUUCGCGCAGCUCGUCCCACGCAUCACAGGACCGACACGUGAGGGAAUCGAGCGGGAAGGAGAUACCGAGCAAGUCGUUCGAGAGGCGCGCACGUCACAAGACGAAGCCAGAUCGAUACGAAACGAAGCCCAAGCAGCGUGACCAUGGACGGAAGGCGCGUGAUGACCGCAAAUCGAAGUCGAAGCAUCGCAGGUCACACCAAAGCGCAGACGUUGCGAAAGCUACUGGUCUGAUUCAGAGCUUUCAAUUGAAGAAUGGUCGAAAGGACAAGCGAUUGACACUUCGGCCAGAUGCCAAUGCCGGAAUCUUUAAGCAUGGGCGCUCGUCGGCGCCUGUUGCGACCAAUGGUCAAGGAUUACCUGAUCUGGUCUUCAACGAGAUGAAGUUCUUACAGCGACCACAAGAACACCAGGACGAGGUCCACCUUGACGGCGCAGCUCAAACGCAGUCGAAGAAGUCCAAACAGCGGCUGAGGGAAGAGGAGAUAUCUGCUUACUUUGUGAAGAAGCCCACGCCUGAAGGGGCACUCAGCAGACGACCAGAUGCUCGACCUUCGACCAAGGCCGCGAACCAGGCCGUCCAUCGUAGCAGAGGACGGCAACAACUGCCAUCGAGUGAUAUCGGAUUGAGGCAUAAUCGAGCUGACGUUGAUUUGCCGGAGAAGCCAUUUCUUGGGUUUGGUAGCAAGGGCCCCAGCCACGAAAGCAACACGCAUCAUCCGACCAGUUACCUUACUUGGUCCGAGUCUGCCGUUCCACUCCAUGAGAGAAUACCCGUUGCCGAGCAUCGUGAGAACGAACGCAUUCGCACAAUCAAGGAAGGAACACGCCGAUUCUCGCAGCGUGUACCUUCCGUGGGGCAAGAAGGCCGUCGCGUGAAUCAACUGCGGACAACACACGUCGAGAGUGAUGAGCCGGGUGGUGAAUGGGUCGGGACCAACCGAGUCAAAGGGCAAGGGCACAUUGAAGGAUACGCUCCACCAAGCAAUAUCGCGCGUCCCCGUACAAAGCGCACUCCCGAUCAGUCCACCAGCAGCAGUUCGUCUGAUCCUCUACCAGCACCGCACGCCAAUCUUGACGACGACGACUACUCAUCUAAACUCGGCGGCCAUAAGGCGCUCCGCGACUUUCGUACUUCGGACGUCCUCAGAAUCAGGGCCGAAGGUCGAACUGAUGAACGUUCACCGUCACUACAGCAGCAGUCUCCCAACAAUCCACAAGACAGGAGCGAGACUCCAACGAGCGACGUCUUGCGGCGAGCCCUCCACGCAGUCAGCAAUGAUACCUGCGAUCAGCAACGAGAGCAAGAUCGGUUGAAGACGACGACACAACGCAACAGGCAGGGCGAGGAUCAACAAGGGCACAUCAACAUUCUGGACUCUGGGUACAGGCCGGCAUCACAUGCGCGCAGAAGCAAUGCUGCAAGUACCAGUGAUUACGCAGUGGUACCUCGUCGAGGUUUCAGUCGAACAGCUGAACAACACAAACCUCUGGAGCGACGGCCCCUUCAGCCACUACCUGCCUCAGCCAUGAAUGCAGACCCGAUAUGGCGGCCAACCUCGAAAGCCACUCUCACGAUCAACCAAACACACUCGAUAGGGCAGGACGAGAUGCCGGGCCAUGUCCACGAUGGGUCAAAUCUACCGCCGAUUGAUCAUUACACUUAUACGGACGAGAGACGAGUUGAAGAGCUCGAUCAACAUAUGCCAUCCGAACAGGAGCAGUUCUACAUCGACCCAGCAGCAAGGCAGCCUAUUGCGAGCUUCGGUGGAAUUGGAGCAGAUCGCGGGUCCCAAGGCUCUCCUGAAGGCUUGAGCAAUGCUCUUUACGGAGGAGCGUUCACCAAUCCGUCGACUGAUAGAUUCUCUGAAUUCCUACAAUCAGGUAGAGAAGAUGAAGUUGAAGAGCCUGAUGAUGGCAUGAAGGGCUUCUGGAAACCUAAUGUACUCUACUGA